AAGUGACGUCAGGCUGAGAGAGAAGCACUUCCCGUUGUAGACAUUCGGUGAAGAGAGAGAGAGAGGCUGAUCGGAGGUGAAGCGGCUGAGAGAAGCUUUGCGCCGCCUCUCCCGGGGGGGACUUUGUGCCGGAGAGAAGACGGGUCCCGGCUAGCAUACUCCAGUCCCAGAUGGGUUCCAGAAAGCAGCGAGGCGUCCUGCACUAAAGUGGGCAUGCUCCGGAUUUUGUAGCUCUAGUCUAGGCCUUCCCAAUCCCCCCCUCCCCCCCCCCCCCUCCCCCGAUGGUAAAAUGUCUGUCGAUAUGAACAGUCAAGGAUCGGACAGCAAUGAAGAUUAUGACCCCAAUUGUGAGGAUGAUGAAGAUGAGGAAGACGACGACCCGGGAGAUAUAGAAGAUUACUACGUUGGUGUUGCCAAUGAUGUGGAGCAACAGGGUGCAGACUCAUUUGACCCAGAGGAAUACCAGUUCACCUGUCUGACCUACAGGGAAUCGGAGAGUGCGCUCAGUGAACAGAUGGCAAACAUGGCUUCCAUGGUGCAGGUCGCUCAUUCUGUGGCAAAACUCAUCCUAGUUCAUUUUCAUUGGCAAGUCUCAGAAAUUCUAGAACGGCAUAAAACGGAUUAUGCACAGUUGUUGGUUGAUGCCAGGGUUCAGCCAUCAUCGUCUAAACAUGUAAUGGCACAUUCCUCCCAUCACUGCGCGGUUUGCAUGCAGUUUGUUCGGAAAGAGAACCUGCUGUCCCUGCCCUGUCAGCAUGCGUUCUGCCGCAGCUGUUGGGAGCAGCACUGCAUAGUUCUGGUGAAAGACGGGGUCGGUGUGGGUAUUUCCUGCAUGGCCCAAGACUGCUUGCUCCGAGCACCAGAAGAUUUUGUGUUUCCUUUACUGCCUAAUGAGGAGCUAAAAGACAAAUAUAAACGCUAUCUCUUCAGGGACUAUGUGGAGAGCCACUAUCAGUUACAGCUUUGCCCCGGUGCAGACUGUCCUAUGGUCAUACAGGUUCAGGAGCCAAAGGCUCGGCGAGUGCAGUGCAACAGGUGCAGCGAGGUCUUCUGCUUUCGCUGCCGCCAAAUGUAUCACGCUCCCACAGAUUGCGCCACUAUCCGGAAAUGGCUGACAAAGUGUGCGGACGACUCAGAAACUGCGAACUACAUCAGUGCUCACACUAAAGAUUGUCCCAAGUGCAAUAUUUGUAUUGAAAAAAAUGGAGGGUGCAAUCACAUGCAAUGUUCGAAAUGCAAGCAUGACUUUUGCUGGAUGUGCCUUGGCGACUGGAAAACACACGGCAGCGAGUAUUAUGAAUGCAGCCGGUACAAAGAGAAUCCCGAUAUUGUAAACCAGAGUCAGCAGGCCCAGGCUAGAGAGGCCCUCAAGAAAUAUCUCUUCUACUUCGAGAGGUGGGAGAAUCACAAUAAAAGUCUGCAGCUGGAAGCCCAGACCUACCAGCAAAUCCAAGAAAAGAUCCAGGAGCGGGUCAUGAACAACCUCGGCACCUGGAUUGACUGGCAGUACUUACAAAAUGCUGCCAAGCUGCUGGCAAAGUGCCGAUACACUCUGCAAUACACAUAUCCCUAUGCUUACUACAUGGAGUCAGGCCCCAGAAAGAAGCUUUUUGAGUAUCAGCAGGCACAACUAGAGGCGGAGAUUGAAAACCUUUCAUGGAAAGUGGAGAGAGCAGACAGUUAUGAUAGAGGGGACCUGGAGAACCAGAUGCAUAUAGCUGAGCAGCGCAGAAGAACUUUGCUAAAGGACUUUCAUGACACAUAAGCAUCAGAAGCCUGAUUUUUGUCCAUGAAAAGCUUGAGCAUGUGGUGGAGUGACGGAAAAUUGAUGCUGCAAAGAAACACAAGUAGCUUUGAGGAAUGUGAAGAAAAUCCACCUCCUUACCCUGCUCGCUGUACCAAACCUAGUCUUGUUGUUUUAUUUUUUUUUUUCCCCCCCCCCCCCCCCAAUUCUUCUUUUUUUUUUCUUCCGACUCCCAAACUCAGACUACUGCCAGAAUAACCAACAAAAAACACAUCCUUUUGACAGGUGUUCUCUUCUUACCUCUAUUCUUUCCUGCCCCUGCUCUUCUUUCUUCUUCUUUUUUUUUUUUUUGGUGUUUUUUUUUUUUUUUUUUUAUCCCUCCCUUUAAAGUUAACCCUUUCUUUGCCCCUGCUAGCUUGCUGCUGGGAUCACUCGGGCAAUGAAAGGGUCGAUCAAAUUGUUUUUUUU